AAACACUGAAUUAAUAAAAUUAUACUAAUGCAGCAGGUGCCCAAAAUAUAAUAAGCAGACAGGUGGUUAUCUACCUUGUUUGGUUGAUACCUUGCUAUUAACAAUUAGCAUAAACAUUGUCAGAAAUGAUUAAAUUGUAAAAAGUCUCAACUGAGCUGGCAUCUUUCUUGCCACCAUACACUUACUAUAAGUAUAUAUUAGAAAGGGAAUAUACUAUUAGAAAGGGAGUACUGCCAUAUCCUUAGCACCAUCCCAUAGGUGCCAUUUUAGAUAUGAAAUUUAGCUUAGAGUCUAUUCGGAAAGAGAAGAAUAGUGAAACAUAUAAAAAAUAACUACAAAUGUAUUUUACAUGACUGAAACCAUUUUUUUAUUUUUUGUUACAAUUUAAAUUCUUUAAGUAAUAUUUUACAGGCGUUUAGAAAUUUACAACAUGAACUGGUCCAUGGAUGAGGGCCUAGACAACAUGAUCAUCAGUGGAGCCCUGUACGGAGUGCCUAUUGCUGUGGUGCGGGACCGGAUGCAGUUUGGCAGGAUUGCAACCACUGCCAAACCUGUCAUAACAAUUUACAACUGUGUAGGGAAUGUUAUAUCAAAGAUUUUGUGGAACAGCGGAGUCCUGGUCCACAUGGGCUGGUCGGACGGGGAGCAGCUGCUGUGUGUGCAGGAGAGCGGAGAUGUGCUCGUUUAUGACAUGUUUGGCGCCUACCAGAAGACAUUCAAUAUGGGGCAAGAAAUUAGGGACACUAAGGUCAGCAAAGCACAGCUGUUCCCAAAUAGGACUGGCUCUAACACCAACCGCUGAGCAACAUCUCCGAGCCCAAAGUCAGGCCCGUACCAGAUCUGCCACAUGACGACACAGAGACUGUAAGGAACGUUUGUCUUAUGCUUCUGGCAUAUGUCAGAAACGUAUCGCCGGCUCGAAAACGGAAAGGCGCAGUGGCUCUGAAGUUUUCUCGCGCGGAAAUAUGCGACGGAUUUUUCAAACAAGUGUCAUCAGAAGCACAUGUCAUUAGCUACAUAAUCGAGAAGAGAGAACAAUACAUGAAAUAGAAGUGGACUAUGCAGCCAUUUGUUAUUUUACUAUUUUUUGUUACUAUUCGUACACUCAGUAUUUUUUUGUAUUUGUCUAUUAUUCUUUUGGAACAUAUGU